GGGCAACUUCACAAGCUCAACCCAGUUCAACGACGCGCCUAGACCCGGAUCUCGAUCAUGGACUACCAGAAUCGCGCCGGCUCAAAGUUUGGAGGAGGUGGUGUUGCCUCGCGUUCAGCUACCAAUGCUGAUCGACGUGAACGACUUCGCAAGCUUGCUCUCGAGACUAUUGAUCUUGAUAAAGACCCUUACUUCUUCAAAAACCAUGUUGGAAGCUAUGAAUGUCGUCUGUGUCUCACGGUUCAUCAAAACGAUGGAUCCUAUCUUGCCCACACCCAAGGUCGCAAGCAUCAGACCAACUUGGCCCGUCGUGCUGCUAGGGAAGAGAAGGAGGGCAAGAACCGCCAAAACGCCAUGCUAGCUAUUCCUGGAAUCCAGGUGCGACGCAAUCUGAUCAAGAUUGGGCGUCCUGGCUACAAAAUCACGAAGAUUCGAGACCCCUUGACCAAACAAAUCGGACUGUUCUUUCAACUCCACUACCCCGAGAUUACCCCCGACAUCGUUCCUCGCGUGCGUUUCAUGAGUGCUUUUGAGCAGAAAGUUGAGAACCCAGACAAGAAUUAUCAGUACCUUCUUGUCGCCGCUGAGCCCUAUGAGACUUGCGGAUUCAAGCUUCAGAGCCGGGAGGUGGACAGGCGAGAUGGAAGGUACUGGACAUGGUUCGAUAAAGACAGCAAGGAAUUCUGGAUCCAAGUUCUGUUCAAGUCGGAGCGCGAGGACCGCUACAGUGGAGUACCAGGUCUAGCUCCUAGAAGAUGAGAGUGUGGGCGACGGACAGAAGAGAGAUUGGUGUCCAAGAAUCCAUCAGCCCCUUGAAAGCUGGGUGUUUGGCACAAGACAUACGAGAUAACCUCAAAACAGGUGCCUGAAACUAUUUGGGAUGGAAGUGGUCACAA